CACUCAGUCUAGCCUCGUAACUCGUUUGGAACGGAUGCCAGCAACGGAGCAGGCAGUGAAGUAGUAUCACUAAAUUUAAUAUUAUAGUGAUUGUGAAUUUUUAUUCCAUAAAAUWUUUGCCAAAGUAAUGAAAUCGCGUUACGCGUGUGARACUAAAUUAUACAAAUGAAACAGUGUUUGUGUGCGUAUGUGCGUGUGUAAAAUACAUAUGUGUGUAUAUGCAUCGGAGCAACGUUUGUGCGUGUAUGCGAUUUAUAUGCAUUUCUUUAUGAUGAGAAAAUUUUAAUCGCUGCAAAGUAUACAUACAAAAUUUAAUGACAAACGCAAGAAGUAAAGUGAGUGCAAAAGUUGUGAAGCAAAACGCUUGCAUAAAAGCAGCAAUAAGCAAAAAAUUUAUUGUAAAAUAAAGUUAAGAGUAAAGAAACCCCAAUAGUAAAACAUUAUACAUACAAGUUGAGCAGGAAUACUAACUAACACAAACGCAGCCGUGUGCGUGUGCUGAAGCAGAGUCUUUGUUCGAAGAGGCAGUCAGCGCAUUUAGAAUUGAAAUCGUUCGCUAAACAUCGCGGAAGAAGCAGAGCAUAAGUGCUAAAGUGGAAAAAGAUAUAACAUAAAAGAAAAAUAGAGGGUGUGAAAUACAGACCUCUAAAAUUAACUUGACACAAGGAAAUUGUAAAAGAACAACAAUUCCGUCUUUGCUACGGUUAGCGCCAAAGUAGCUGGAUUUACACUGUUUUACGCCGAAGGGAAUGGUAUAUUUCUUGGGGGAUUGGGGCAUGGGAGAUUCUGACUGUACGUCAUAUCAUCAACAUGUUCCAACAAUACAACAGACCACUUUGCAUGCCCAUAGCCACAGCCAACGCCAGCACCAUCAUCAUCAACAACAGCAACAGCAACAACAUGUACAGCAAAUUCACGUACAACAGCAGCAAAAUGAGCARCAACGUCUUGAAUUGCAAUUACAAUUGCAACAACAACAACGACAACAACAUAUUGGUGAAAUUGCACCUACAUUAGGUCAACUAUCGCCCAUUCAAUUUGGCAGCGGCACACCAGAUGCAACAAUAUUGCUGAGCAGUACUCUCACAGCUGUACAACAACAACAGCAGCAACAUUUGUUAACUAACUCACCGCAACAUGUGGCGAGCAGCACUUUGGUUACAGCCAAUUUGCAGCAAUUGUCYGUGAGCAGUAACAGUCGCAGUAACAGCCACUGUUCGACCCCUAUUAAGUCAACAGUGCUUGAUGUUUUUGAUAAUACCGCCUAUCAGCAACUGCAACAACAACCUACGCAACAGUUAAAGCAGCAGCAAUCGUUGCCAACACAAGCACACCCGCUUGCCUCGGCGACAGCUGCUUUGCAUCAGUAUUUGGAUCGUCAACGUUCCGAUUCGUGUGUCGGUAAUGUUGGCAGCUGUACGAAUGCACCAUCCACGCCGUCUGCACCAGCGGAACACGGCGCUAAUAACAGCAACAACAGAGGAUCAACGGCCGCAGCUAAUAAUUUCCUGCUGCCACAGCUGAGUAAGGAUCUUCUGGAAAGUGAGGAUGAAGUCGCACUGCAGCCGCUCUCCAAUCAGGUCGGUGGCCACACACGUCUUCUACUGUUGAAUCAAUCGACUGUCAUAAAGCCAUUGAAUUUGCGUGAAUUGGACUUUUAUCAAAACAUUCCGCACGAUGUACAGAAGUUUGUGCCCAAAUACAAAGGCGUGAUGCAAGCGACCACAAUGGGCGGUGCAAAAUUGGAAAAACGGUACUCGCCGAGUUUCCGCGAAGAGCCGGUGCGUAAAAUGAGCACCACAAAACGGAAACGAGAUGAUGUGCUAAGGAUGAAAGUUCAUAAGAAUGGAAAUGCUGCCGAUGUUAUAAAAAGUAUUUCGCAAUUAGACAACACAAAUAAGCAAUAUUUCCUUAUGCUCGAGAACAUCACUUCGCAAUUUCGUAAUCCAUGUAUUUUGGACUUGAAAAUGGGCACACGUCAGCAUGGUGAUGAUGCCUCGGCGGAGAAGCGCUGCAAACAAAUGGCCAAGUGUGCGGCUAGCACCUCGGCAUCGUUAGGUGUACGCCUUUGUGGCAUGCAAACCUAUCAGGCGCAUAUCGAUCAAUAUGCCAAGCGCGACAAAUAUUGGGGACGCGAGUUGGAUGAGAGUGGCUUCAAGCAGGCUUUGCAUGACUUUUUCUACAAUGGCUAUCGAUUGCGUACACGCGUUAUCAAGAAAAUUGUACAGCGUUUGCUACAAUUGCGUCGUGUUAUCGAAAAACAAUCCAGUUACCGGUUCUACUCGUGUUCACUACUCAUUGUUUAUGAGGGCUAUGAGGAAAAUCCACAGGCUCAUCCCAUGGAUGUUGAGGAGUGGCUUACACCUACCACGCCGAAGUCAGCUACAAAGUCCGCUACUUUCGACUAUCAUCCUGAUAACAGUAUUGAUGAUGAUGACAUCGACGAUGACGAUGAAGAUGUAGUAGAUGCCGAUGAUGACACUGCCGGUCAUGAUGGUGGUGAUGAACUGGAGCUACACGAAACAGAGGAUGAUGACCUGCAUAUGGUUGCAGCGGAUAGCGGUAAUGCAUCGGCGACCAAUAGCAGCACCGGCGGUGAUCCAUGCUGUUAUGAUGCUGAUGCCUCAAAUGAUUCUACGAACGCAGCCGGUCUGAAUCUCCCUGCCACACGUCGCAAACGCGGUUUGACAGAGGCAACUCUGGAGAGAUCGCGUGGCUUCGCAGAUGUAGUAACACCAGUGCGCGGCUUUGAUGAGGACUCAGCUGCAUCAGCUACAGCUGCCAAUACUAUUAAUGAUGCAGUAUCCAUGCCACCACCAUCAAUAGCAGGAUUAAGUACAGAUAGCAAUAAUGCUAUGUCCACCGGUGGCAGUAACAYUAAUCCGCCAUUCAUUCCAAUAUCCGAAGACACAGUAUUCCUCGAUCCCGAACCACCCAUGCCAAGCGUUUCGACAUCUUCACCGCACUCGGGCGACUCUUGGAUGAACUAUAGCAGCAAUAGCAGUGAUGACUUCUCCGGGCUUUCUGAACAAAUCAAAGCGGUCACCAGUGGUCGCCAAACGGGCGAUAACAGUUCGGACGAGGCCAGCUCUGAUUAUGAUAGCAGCAUAAUUGGUCAAACAGAGGUGAUGCUGAAGCGUUACAAAUCUCAGCAAGAAUCCUUCGAUAUUUCGCCUUUGACGCAAACGGCCGAAAUGCCGCUUAUGUCAGCAACAACAACAGCGCGUCUACCGCACACGCUCGCCUCAUCUGCGUGUUCUACACCACCGCUGCCGCCGGGAAGUGUUGGAAAAYUAUCUGCAUCCGUUGCCAACUCUUCCCCCACCUCCUCGACUGCGUCCUCUCUGAAAUCAGUGCGCGGUGCAGUUAAACGUCUGCGUUGCAAAGACGCCGACGAUGAGGAUGAAGUGACAGCCAGCGAUAAUAAAAAAGACGCUAUAUCGACGUCUUCGCAAGCGAAAAAAUCAACAACAACACUGAGUCUAAGCAGCGUAGUUACGGGCGCAGGGAGUAGCAGUAGUGCUGCACCAGUGUCGUCKACACCGACGUCCGUCAACGCAUCGCCGGUGAAAACGCCGCUCAUGACGCCGACCUCAACAACAUCCGGCACUGAGAGCACAGUAGAUAAAAUCAAGAACACACUGCUCGCUGGCAUACAGGAGAUACACAAUACGAGCAGGAGCAACAACCACAGCAAUAAUGUAAGCAAAAAGAAAGCCACAGCGACGCGGCUAACUUUACAACAUGCCUCCAAAUCCCUGGAUAUCGCAGGCUGUCAAGCAUCCGCAACUACCGAAGAUGCACGAUGCCUUGUAGAUGUGCGUCUYAUUGACUUUGCGCACACAGCAUUCGUGCCGCGCAACGGUGGCGGAUUGCUGCAGCAGGCAACCACCAGCACUCCCGUACAUCAUGGACCAGAUGGUGGUUUUCUAACGGGGCUAGACAGCUUAAAUCGCUUACUCAACGAUAUUCUUACCGAAGAGGUCUGCGUAUAAGCGUGCUGUGCACGCAUAAAACAGCAUGCAACAUUUAAUUGGUUAUGUGCCGAUUUGCACCUCUACACGCUGAACCAGUGUAAGCAAAACGUCAGAAGUUUGAAAAACGCUUCGAGCGGAGACCUUACGCGUAUUUAUUUCACACACUGAAAUACAAAUCCACCAACAAUUACAAAUACAACGUAGAGGGUAUAUACGCGGCAGCAACGCAACCAGCCUAGACAAAACUAGCCCUCCACAAGCCCCCACCAUUGCACAAUUGACUGAGUAUGCGGCGUGAAUGGAAAUUUUUGGAAAAACAAAAACAGCGAAACGUGUGUGACCGUCUG